AUGCAGACCGGUCAACCUACCACUCUCGUGCUUCGCGCAGCUCGAGCAUCCCGACCGAGGACUACUCAACGUCGAACCCUUCAAGACAUUGCUAUCACUCGGACGGGCAAACCAAUCAUAAGAUCACAAGGUGGAAGAUCAUCAUUAGGAGGUCAUACAGCUACAGUGUUCGGCGCAAAUGGAUUUCUCGGCCGAUACAUUGUCAACCGUCUUGCAAGGAGGGGAAAUCAAGUGGUGAUACCGUACAGAGAUGAAAUGGGGAAGCGCCAUCUCAAGGUCUCGGGGGAUCUUGGGAGAGUCAGUUUCAUGGAAUUCGACCUCAGAAACACACAAUCUAUAGAGGAAAGCGUUCGACAUUCCGAUAUUGUGAUCAACAUGAUUGGCCGAAACUACCCGACGAAGAACUUCAGUCUGUGGGAUGUCAAUGUUGAAGGUGUUGAGAGGAUAGCAGAAGCGUGCGCCAAGUAUGAUGUGGACCGAUUCAUUCACGUUUCUUCAUACAAUGCCGACAUAAAUUCUCCAGCACUCUUCUUCGCCACAAAGGCUCGAGGAGAGCAGAUUGCCAGACAAUUGUUCCCGGAGACUACAAUAGUUCGACCAGCCCCUUGCUUCGGUUUCGAAGAUCACCUGCUACAUCGUCUAGCAGGUGUGACCAACUUCAUUACCGUCAACAACAUGCAAGAGCGAUUCAACCCUGUGCAUGCAAUUGAUGUGGGCGAAGCGCUUGAGAAGAUCUGUUAUGAUGAUACCACAGCCGGAGAAACCUUCGAACUCUACGGACCGACAAAUUAUAGCAUGGCCGAGAUUGCCGCGAUUGUCGACAAGGAAAUCCUCAAGCAACGAAGACAUAUCAAUUUGCCCAAGGCCGUAUUGAAGCCAGUUCUGUACUAUCUCAACAAAGUUAUUUGGUGGCCCAUCAUGUCACCCGACCAAGUCGAGCAAGAAUGUCUUGAUCAACAUAUCGACAAAACAGCGAAGACAUUCAAAGACUUGGGCAUGGAAUCUGCCGAGCUCAGUGACUUGACAUACCACUAUCUGCAAGAUUAUCGUAGUAGCAGCUACUACGACUUGCCUCCUGCUACGGCAAGGGAAAAAGCAGAAGCAAAGAAAUAUUUGCACGUUAUCGAUGAUCAGUAG